UCUCUCUCCAUCUCCGACCAGUCAGUUUGAAGAAUGUAUGCAUUUUUCUUUUUGCAUAAUGGAUUUCCGUUGUUAUAGUGUCGCUUACGUCAAUCAUGGAUUAGACUUGAGGAUAAUUCAUGAGACACUGUACAUCCCUGUUAGACUCUCCCUGUCCCCAUCUCUCUCUCUCUCCUUAUGCCUAUCUACCUCUAUUUAUGUUUCCUUCAUUCUCUCCAUCCUCCCUCUUUCUCUGUCUGCCCCCUCAUCCAAAUCUCGCUCACGUAUGGUUGCGUAAGGGAGAGUGAGGAGCGUCGCACAACCGCUUGUCUGUCUGGAAAGAAAAGAGAGAGAGAGAGAGAGAGAGAGAGAGAGAGAGCGCAGACUCAGUGAAAGCCCUCACAUCUCCACUGUUACUGUGCAGGAGACCACACUUAAACCAGCUCUUAUCCACACUCGCACCUUCUCAUCUUCAGAAAUAUUUUCUCCUGUGGAUAGCUGAUCUUCAUCUCCAUCCUUUAUAAAGGAGGACCACCGUCAGGUCAUCUUCUCUUCAUCUGAUCCUGAGCUUUUUUGGAGGAUGUAGAAACACGUUUUCGGGGGGGUAUUUUUGAGCUUCGGUAUCCACCUGGAUCACCUGAACCUGGCGCGUGCCUUCUCUCUUUCUUUCCUUCUUUCUUUAAAAUCUUUACAGCACUGAUUGAUUGAUUUUCAUUUUCUUCACAUAGAGAGAAAAAAAAUAGCAAAUGUUUAACCGGAAAAUUGCACAUGCACAUUGCAUGAGACCGGAGCAUGCAAGUGUAGCUGUUUAAAAAGAUUUUUAAUUUCUCUCUCUCUCUCUCAGACACAAAAAAACAACAACAAAAAAACAAACAAACAGAAACAACAAUGACAUUUGGUUAAUACCGACGGCAGCUGCGAUUUAUUUUAUUUUAUUUUUUUGCACCGGUAUCGCGUUAACAGCUGCAUCCCGUACCGACUCGGAGGAAAAGGGUAGAGGAGCGUGAAAAGGUGGGUGACAGAGAAAGAGAGAGGAGAGAGAUUGAAAGAGAGAGAGACAAUGGCCGCGAUCGCGAGCUCCCUGAUCCGCCAGAAGCGCCAGGCGCGCGAGUCAAACAGCGACCGGGUUUCGGCGUCCAAGCGGCGCGCGAGCCCCAGCAAAGACCCGCGCUCCCUGUGCGAGCGCCAUUUCCUCGGCGUCUUCGGUAAAGUGCGCUGCUGCAGCGGCAAGAAAAGACCCGUGCGCCGGCGACCAGAUGCGCCCUCGAAACCUCCACAGGUGUCCCGUAAGGGCAUCAGGCUAGAGCCGCAGCUGAAAGGGAUUGUGACCCGGCUGUUCAGCCAGCAGGGCUUCUACCUGCAGAUGCAGCCGGACGGAACCAUUGAUGGAAGCAAGGACGAGAACAGCGACUACACCCUUUUUAACCUCAUCCCGGUCGGACUAAGGGUGGUAGCCAUCCAGGGCGUGAAGGCUGGCUUCUACAUUGGCAUGAAUGGAGAAGGCUUCCUCUACAGCUCGGAGAUGUUCACCCCCGAGUGUAAAUUUAAGGAAUCUGUAUUUGAGAACUAUUACGUCAUCUACUCCUCCACCAUGUACCGGCAGCAGGAGUCGGGCCGGGCCUGGUUUCUGGGCCUGACGAAAGACGGCCAAGUCAUGAAGGGCAAUCGUGUGAAGAAAACCAAGCCCUCGUCACAUUUCCUGCCCAGGCCUAUUGAAGUCUGCAUGUACCGGGAGCCUUCGCUGCACGAGAUCGAAGAGAAGCAUCGCUCCAGGAAAAGCUCAGGAACUCCGGCCAUGAACGGAGGCAAAGCGGUGAACCAGAACUCUACAUAGCAGGACCUGGACACGCAACAACAACCACAACAACAAGAACAACAAAUUGCACACGCACACACACACAAACACACACACAAACACACACACAAACACACACACACAAACACACACACACAUCACCCGCUGAAGAGAUCGAGCCUUCGGAAAAACACCACGGAACUGAACGCUCAACCGAUACGACCAAGUCUCACCUGUGAAAAGUGUUCGAUUCGAAGACAUGCGUUUGGAGGAGAAGGAGGGGCUUGAGGGUGGGGGAGGGGCUUGAUGAUGGGGGAGGGGCUUGAUGCUACAACCGGGAAAAAAGCCGCCAAUCAGGACUCGAACUCACCUUUUAUGCAACGAUCGAGUCAGUUCUGAAUCAAUACUGUGUAAAGAAAAGCAAGCUUUAAAAGCGCUCUCUCUCUCUCUCCCUCUCUCUCUCUUCCUUUUCCUCUCUCUUCCUCUCUCACUCUCUUUCUUUCUUUUCCUCUCUCUCUCUCUCUCUCUCUCUCUCUCUCUCUCUUCCUCUCUCUCCCCAGCUCUCUCUCUCUCUUCUUCUCUCACUCUCUUUCUUCCUUUUCUUCUCUCUCUCACUUCCUCUCUCUCCCCAUCUCUCUCUCUCACUCUGUUUCUCCCUCUCUUUCUUCCUCUUCUCUCGCUUUCUCUCUUCUUCUCCCCCCAUCUCCCCCUCCCUCUCUUUCUCAUCCUCUCUCUUCCUUUUCCUCUCUCACUCUCUUUCUUCCUCUCCCUCUCUCUUCUCUCUCUCCCUCUUUCUUCCUUUCUCUCUCCCUUUCUCCCUCUCUCACCCUCUCUCUUCCUUUUCUUCUCUCUCUCUCUUCCUCUCUCCCCCCUCACUCUCUUUCUUCCUCUCCCUCUCUCUUCUCUCUCCCCAUCUCUCCCCCUUGCUCUCUUUCUCCCUCUCUUUCUUCCUCUCCCCUCCUCUCUCUUCCCCACUCUCUCUAUCUCUCUUUCUCUACCCCCCCCCUGCUCUGUAUUAUUGGUAUUGAAGACAUCAUCUCCAUUUAUCCUCAUGUUUAUUUUAAUCCAGACUGCACAUGUUCAAACAAAUACCAUCAUAAUCAUCAUCAUCAUCAUCAUUAUUAUUAUUAAUUAAUUAACUAAUUAAUUAUCAUUUAUCUUGCUUAUCAAUGAAUGCACUUUUACCGAAGCGAAUCUAAACGAAUCUGUCAGUUUCUGACUGUAUUAUAAUUGUACUUUAAAAAUUUGGUCUGAAGGUUAUGAGGAGGAUUUGGGGAUUUUCUUUCUUUCUUUCUUUCUUUCUUUCUUUCUUUCUUUCUUUCUUUCUUUCUGCCUUUUUUCUUUCUUUCUUUCUUUCUUUCUUUCUUUCUUUCUUUCUUUCUUUUUAAUCGGUCUUCCUGGAUGCUUAAGCAGGGUUGCAGCAAAGCUUGUGAGAUGCCUUCAGCUGCAGUCAUCAUGUUUGUUUGUUUCUUUGCUUGUUGGUUUCUUCAUUCCACGCAGAGCUGGUGUCCGUCUUGCUAGAAAAUAAAAAAUAAAAUGAUUUUGAUUGGAGCGCAGUGGCGUGAGACGCCGCUCUCUCCGUCUGCUUCCACCUGGAAGAAACUCCACAACGUUUUUCAGGAGACGGAGGUGUAAAUAGCCACACAAUUUGGAUUUUAUCCCCGAAUCUUCCUACUAGAAUUCUCCUAAUCACAGAUAAGCACUUCUGAGCUGGAGAAAUAAAAUAAAAAAUAAAAUAAAUCUUCGCUGAGCCAGCAUACGCCUCAACCGACGGCGAAAUACCUCUUCUCCCAAGCGUUCUCCAACUCAGGAAGCCCUAGUCUAAAAAAGGUCUAGCGUGUUGUUGUUUUUUCUUUCUUUCUUUUCUUUAUUUUUCUGCCACCACGCUCGCCCCGUCUGGGCCAAAGCACAAAGACUGGCCAGUAGGCUGUAGGUGUGGACGGGGGGUGGUGGUGGUGGUGGUGUGGACGGGGUUGUUUUUGGGGUGUCACAAACCAAGAAAAAGUUCCAGAGAAAAAGAAAAUAAAAGUUUCUCCGUUUGAGAAAGCUCUGUACGCUAUUCACCAGUCUUCCACUAGGGGCAGCAGUGAGCGCUGAACCCGAGAGUCUGCCGCAAAAGAGGUGACGGAAUUUAUUUAUUUAUUUAUUUUUUGCAAAGGACUCAAAAAACGCAUGAAUCAGGAAUGCUGUGUUUCUUCUUAAUCUAGAAUAGACAUGCGAGGGGAUUUGUGUGUGUGUGUGUGUGUGUGUGUGUGAUUCAGAGGACAUGAAUGAUGAGAGAAUAACUGUCUCAAGACCUGAAAGGUGAAGAUGAGGCUAAAAAAAAAAUGUAAAAAUAUAUUUAAAAUAAUUUUAUUUCCUUUUUUUUAAAAUUUCAUUUCUUUCUUUUUUUUGCCGUCUAAAAACAGAAUUUUAUUUUUCACCUUUGCAGAUGUUUUCACCUUUACCAGAACACUAUUAUAUAAAUAUUAAUAUGCAUUAUGAAUUAUUAUGAGAUGUACAAAAAAAUAAAAAUUAAAUAUAUGCAUUGAUAUUAAGAAGAAUGAAGUUAGAGAUUGUUUAAGAAUAAAGGUAUGAUAAUAAAGAUUUCACUCUGGUCCCGGGAUUUAUUUAUUUAUUUGUUUGUUUGUUUGUUUGUUUAUUUUAAACGCGAAGAACGAGAGGAUUCGCAGUCAAACGAAAAUGAAACGUCAUUCGAACCCGAGUGCUUCAGACAGAGCUGCUGCUUCAUCCCAUGUGUAACGCUGUAAAUUAAAGUGCCAAUCCAGUCCAGAGCGCGAGGGUUUUUUUGGGGAUGGUGCUCCUGUGCCCUUCAUCCUCCCGUUGUCAUGGAAACAGACUUUUUCUCCCGAGGACGAGAAUGAUUGUGUGUCUGACUUGUA